UAGCGAGUCAGAGCCGCGCACGGGACCGGGAAGGGGAGCCAUCGGAGGGUCCAGUCGCCAGCCCCCGCACUUCCAGCGGCCACGCCGGCAGCGGUCGCACCAGCACCAGCGGCAGAGGCAGCGGCACCAGCAGCGGCGGGGACCCGGCGGCGACAGCUCGGAGCCGGGAGGCCGCGCCACCUGCGGGCCGGCCGCAGCGGGCAGCCCCAGGCCCCCUCCCCGGGCACCCGCGUUCAUGCAACGCCUGGUGGCCUGGGACCCAGCAUGUCUCCCGCUGCCGCCGCCGCCUGCCUUUAAAUCCAUGGAAGUGGCCAACUUCUACUACGAGGCGGACUGCUUGGCUGCUGCGUACGGCGGCAAGGCGGCCCCCGCGGCGCCCCCCGCGGCCAGAGCCGGGCCGCGCCCCCCCGCCGGCGAGCUGGGUAGCAUCGGCGACCACGAGCGUGCCAUCGACUUCAGCCCCUACCUGGAGCCGCUGGGCGCGCCGCAGGCCCCAGCGCCGGCCACGGCCACGGACACCUUCGAGGCGGCUCCGCCCGCGCCCGCCCCCGCGCCCGCGCCCGCCUCCUCCGGGCAGCACCACGACUUCCUCUCCGACCUCUUCUCCGACGACUACGGGGGCAAGAACUGCAAGAAGGCGGCCGAGUACGGCUACGUGAGCCUUGGGCGCCUGGGAGCCGCCAAGGGCGCGCUGCACCCCGGUUGCUUCGCGCCCCUGCACCCGCCGCCUCCGCCGCCGCCGCCGCCGCCUCCCGCCGAGCUCAAGGCGGAGCCGGGCUUCGAGCCCGCGGACUGCAAGCGGAAGGAGGAGGCCGGAGCGCCGGGCGGCGGCGCCGCAGGCAUGGCGGCUGGCUUCCCGUACGCGCUGCGCGCCUACCUCGGCUACCAGGCGGUGCCGAGCGGCAGCAGCGGGAGCCUCUCCACGUCCUCCUCGUCCAGCCCGCCCGGCACGCCGAGCCCCGCCGACGCCAAGGCGCCCCCGACUGCCUGCUACCCGGGGGCCGCGCCGGCGCCCUCGCAGGUCAAGAGCAAGGCCAAGAAGGCGGUGGACAAGCACAGCGACGAGUACAAGAUCCGGCGCGAGCGCAAUAACAUCGCCGUGCGCAAGAGCCGCGACAAGGCCAAGAUGCGCAACCUGGAGACGCAGCACAAGGUCCUGGAGCUCACGGCCGAGAACGAGCGGCUCCAGAAGAAGGUGGAACAGCUGUCGCGCGAGCUCAGCACCCUGCGGAACUUGUUCAAGCAGCUGCCCGAGCCCCUGCUCGCUUCCUCCGGCCACUGCUAGCACGGCCGGCCCGUGGGCGCGGCCCCCCUGCCGGCCGGGGGCUCCGCGCUGCCGGGCGCGCCGAGACUCCGGGGAGCACCCUCGCUCGGGACCCUGGGAGCCCGAGAACCCCGCCGCCCCGGUCCUCAUGGCGCCGGCCAGACUUUGGCACAAGGGCGCUUGGCAGCACGGGGAGCCCUCGGUCACUUUGCUAUUUUCUGAUCGAUCUAGCUCUGUUUUCGCCCACCCCAAGCACACAGGCGGAGCGGGGCAGGCCGCCCGUGGUGGUGUUUGAAGAAGACGCGUCCGUGUGUACAGAUGAAUGAUAAACUCUUGCCUCUGCCCCCCUCUCCCGGGCGCCGGCGGGCGGGCCGGUUUCGAAGUUGAUGCAAUCGGGUUAAACAUGGCUGAAGGCGUGUGUACACGGGACUGACGCAACCCACGUGUAACUGUCAGCCGGGCCCUGAGUAAUCACCCAGAGAUGUUCCUACGCGGCUGUUGCUGUUGCUGUUGUGUUUUUUUUUUUUUGGUCUUUUUUUUUUUUUU